GACUAACUACGAUUGAGGUCGGUUCCAGCAGGGAGAUGUAAAAAAUAAUUGUUUACAUCUCCUUGGUUCCAGUCACAUAAUCAGCGGUUGGUUGUGACUGAAUUGGCAGACUGCAUGCGACUACAGAUAGAGUCUGCUUGGGUUGGUUUGUUUUGGUCGGGAAAGAGAAAUUUUACUCGGUGAACUGAUUCUCGAACGAGAUAACGAAAUUGACUCAAGCUGCUGCAUGACCGUUCUUAUAUUUUUAGUAAAACCAAUUUCUUCUAAUAAAUAUUUUUCCGACAACAAACCGGAGAUAUUAUAAUGUAUCACAACACACAGUAACAGAGGGAGAUGGAACCAGAGAAGAAAUGUCUGCAUUUUGGCAGCAGCAUUCCCAAGAGGCGUCUGUGGAGGAGAUGUUUCUGGACUCGCAAGCUAAACAGAUCAGUCAGGUUGAAGAAAUUGAGAUACUUAAUCUGAUGUGUGAUGUUAAAGGGAAAAAUGUCCUGGAAUUAGGAAGUGGAAUUGGGAGGUUUACUGGUAAGCUGGCUUUGGAUGCUAAUCAUGUGACAAGCCUAGAUUUUAUGGAAUCGUUUGUCCUCAAGAACAAAGAAAUAAAUGGUCAUAUGAAAAACAUCACGUUUCUCACAGCAGAUGUUACCAGUCAGGAUUUUGAACCAGAAAGCUUUGAUGUUGUUUUCAGUAAUUGGUUGCUAAUGUACCUCAGUGAUGAUGAAGUGAAUGACCUUCUAAUCAAAAUAGUUAAGUGGACAAAACCAGGAGGCAAUGUUUUUUUCAGGGAAUCUUGUUUUAGAAAAUCAGGCGACAAAAAGCGAGAUUUCAACCCCACCAACUACCGUACACCGUCGGUCUACUGUGCUAUGUUUCAACUUGCGAAGACAGGAACUCCACCACAUGGUUUAGAUAUCCUUUACUGUAGGAAUGUGAAAAGCUAUAUUGAGUUAAAGAAGAACCAUCAUCAAUGUGUCUGGUUAUUGGAGAAAGCUUUCAGAACAGCUACCAGUAGUCAACAUGGUUACAAUACUUUCCAGCAGUUUCUAGACAACCAACAGUACACUCAGAAUGGUAUCUUAAGGUAUGAGAGGAUUUUUGGACCUGGUUUUGUCAGUACAGGUGGAAAAGACACUACUGAGGAGUUUGUUGCCAUGUUGGAUUUAAAACCCGGUCAGAAAGUAUUGGAUGUUGGCUCAGGAAUUGGUGGAGGGGAUUUUUACAUAGAACAGAAGUAUGGCGCCGCUGUCCUUGGUAUAGAUUUAUCAGCUAACAUGGUUGAGAUUGCCAUGGAGCGAUCGCCUGCAGACACUAAGGUCCAGUUCCAAAUAUGUGAUGUCACAACGGUGGAGUUUGGAUCGGAGAGUUUUGACGUUGUUUACAGCAGAGAUACGUUGCUUCAUAUAGCUGACAAACCUGCAGUUUUCAAGAAGUUUUUGAGGUGGUUGAAACCUGGUGGUAAGCUGUUAAUAUCCGAUUACUGCCAUGGCGAUUGUGAGCAUUCCGAGAAAUUCAAGUCGUAUGUUGCUCAGCGGGGUUACGUUUUGUAUACAGUACAACGGUACGGCAAGAUGUUGGAAGAAGAUGGAUUUGUUAAUGUUAAAGCUGAAGAUCGAUCCAAACAGUUUGCUAGUAUUCUAAAACAAGAGCGAGCUCAGACAGAGGCGAACAAGCAAGAUUUUAUAAAGGAUUUUUCUGAAGCUGACUACAACUAUAUUGUAGAUGGAUGGGCAGAAAAGUUGGGACGUGUCGAGACGGGAGAUCAAGCAUGGGGCUUAUUUUAUGCCGAAAAACCCCUUUAAAUUAAAAGGGUUUUCAGCAUAAACUGUAUAAGUGAAUUUAACUAAAUUUUUAUCAAAUGUAUUUAAGCUUUAAUUAUAGUACUUUUAUAACUUUUUAUAUAUAAGGACAUUAUGAUAUAGAAGGGCAUUAUGAAAUUGCAGCACUUUCUUGAUAGACCAAUUACUCUAAGACACACUGGUGAAAUAACACAUUACUAGACACCGUUGGCUGUCAGUCACAUGACAAAAAAAACACAGUACUAGACCCCGUUGGCUGUCAGUCACAUGACAAAAAAAAACACAGUCACAUGACAAAAAAAACACAGGGAGCAAUGCUCAUAGGAAAAUGCAUGGCUUCUUCCGAGUGCUUCUGCAUAUACAAGUAAUGUCAAAUAAUGUUUAUAGUCUAAAAAUUGUCUUGCUAAUUCUCCAAAAGACACAAAUAUUGAUGUUUUUGAAAGAGGUUUGCCUAAGUCGCUUAAGUGUGGACAUAUUUACCAGUGAUUCUGAAAUGUGAGUGGGACUCGCUGUGAUUUUCUAUGAUUGCUUUAUGAUCACAAGGAUUUACCUAAACUAUAAAAAUCUACGAAGGGUGCUGAAAUUAGUAUAGGAACAUAUUUGAACCAUCACACUACCUUUCUUUGCCAUUUUUCUCACAUCAUAACAUUUACUGUUAUACAUUUACACUAUUCACCACUGUAUGUUUUCACCAUACUAAACAUAUCCAUGACUACUACUAGUUCUGGGUCACCGAUUGUGACCUACAUUAGAAGACCAAAGUACAAAGUAGAAACUUUCAUGUUUUUUUAAUUAUAAAUAACAAAGAAAAGAAAGAAACUUAUUCUGUCGAUGUCAUUUUGGAGAGAACUUUAUUCUCUCUUGAGUUGACAAUGGCUAAUGAUGAUGAAUUGUAUGAAUUUUAUCAUUAAGCUAUGGUUUUUAUAAAAUUUGAGCAUUUUUUAUUUAUUAUUUGGUGAAAUGUUUUUUGAAAUAGCAACAGUAAUUGUUUGAAUUUAUUAAUUGCUAAAGUACUCUUAUAAAAAAGUUUUUCGUUUAUUAUGUGGGUAAAUGUAAGAUAAACAUUUGCAUCCGGACAGUGAUCAGAAGUUUGAUUAUAAUCAGUAUUAUUAUCAUUUAAGUUCAUUGAAUUAUGUUAGUAUAUUAUUAUUGUUGUUGAAUGUUAUUUUUUCAUUUAUUAUGUCGAAUAUGUAGAAAAUAAUUAUUCAUGAAUGAAUAAAUUAAUAGCAGAUAAGUUAAUGACAAAAAAUAAAUGUCUUUUCUCUGUCUUAUCAAUAGUAAAAAGCUUAUAAUAGUAAUAACAAUAAAAUUUGAAUUAUACAGAUUCAAAACAGUGGUACUAAGGUAUAGGGUAGUACAGUCGGGAAUAACUGAGGGGUGCAAGCUAUUUUUGGGGAUGUGGACCCUUACUCUUAUGCCACUAACAUUAACAUUGCCUGGUUUCCAGGCCCUAAUUUUUGGUUACUCGCUCUUUAUUGCGUCCUAUACUUUCCAUUUCUUUUUUUCGGACUUCGUCUCUAACUUAACUUGUUCGUUGGUGGCGCUGUCCAAAAUGAAAAAAAUAAGGGACUUGUGGCAAGUCUACCACUAACAUUGAGCAAUCUUAAAUAAUGACUCUUUAUUAUCCAAAACAAAAUAUUUUUUCUUUUUACAUUUACAAUGAUGAUAAAUACAUUUUUAGAUAUAGUUGGGUUGAAAAGAGGCAACUACAUGCCUAUUGGGUACAUAAUCCUAUAAAAAACAAAGUACAGUAAUAUAUGAAUUUAAACAAACACUACAUUAAUACUAAUAACAUGACAUAGAUAAAAAUCAAAUUGUGACAGAAGUUACAACCAUUUAAUGUAGUAAUUUUAAAAGAGUAUCUAUGUUUAAGUUCACAAAUGUGCAUUGGUAUUUCAUUCCAUAUUUGGGUGUCUAUAUAGGUAAUUAAAAAAUUUCCCGGACCUUCCAUAGUGGCUGCCUUCAGCUGAUAUGGAUUUCCCUUUAAUUUUUUCAUGUGGAUGCGUACUAACACUGUCAAUUAGGCCUACAGAUACCGGGUGUCUCACUCAAAAACAGAGACCCAAGACCCAUCGAUACAGUAGAGAAUGUUUACACCCUAGCAGUGGGGCUGUAGGAUGUAUUUUCUGGUGGGAUAAGCUGUCAGAUAGGAAGGCUGAAGAUGAAGGAAGGUUUGGGAGGGACCUGUGGAUGGCAGGAAAUGUCAUUCAAUACUUUUAAAUGUAGAGUUGCAAUAAAUAUGCAUUUAAUUUCA